CCCGAAAUCGUGCACAAGCCGGUCCCGUGCACGAGCCGGUCGCUGACGUUAAACAUCACGUGAACUCGCGUCGGUCAUCGACGCGCCACCUGCACCUGAGCGGAUCGCGAUUCUGCCUGCUCUCCCUUCCUCCCCCCCAUCCACCAUCUACUUCAGCUGGACAAACCACCUUUGCGCUAUUCCAAUCCGAUAUCAUGCCGCAAGACGUCGACAUGGCAGACGAGGACGCUGUCAGGGAGGAGCGCCUCAUGUACGGCGAGGAUGUUGAAGAGCUUGACUCCAAGUACCCCAAUCGCCCGCACAACCGUCACAAGACGCUCCCCUUCCAUUCGCUAUUCACCGAGCUCUUCAACCCUAUGCUGGAAUCCUCCAAGAAGAAUCGACCGGCAGCCGCGCGGAGAAAGCAGGGCCCCCACGGACACUCUAACCUCUCCCCUCACGAAGCCCGCCGGAACAUCAUAGAGCGCUUCAUUGCAAACUGGCGAAAGAAGGUCGGCAACGACUUCUACCCUGCUAUGCGACUGAUAAUCCCGGAAAAGGACCGCGAUCGCGCCAUGUAUGGCCUCAAAGAGAAGGCCAUUGCCAAGCUACUGAUUCGAGUAACCAAAAUCAAUAAGGAUUCCGACGAUGCAAAGAGCAUGGUCAAUUGGAAGCUUCCCGGGCAGCUACGCCAAGCCUCAUUAACCACAGCCGGAGAUUUCGCUGGCCGAUGCUACGAGGUCCUGUCCAAAAGACCACUGAAAACGGAGGUGGGAGACAUGAGUAUCGCUGAGGUGAAUCAAAUGUUGGACCAGCUGUCUCAGACUGGGUCUGAGGAGCAGCAGUACGGCAUUUUCCGCAGGUUCUAUCGGCGCAUGAACCCUGAAGAGCUGACCUGGUUGAUUCGCAUCAUUCUGCGUCAGAUGAAGAUUGGCGCUACUGAGAAGACAUUCCUCGAUAUAUGGCACCCGGAUGCAGAGGCCCUUUUCAACAUCUCCUCGAACCUACGCCGAGUCUGCUGGGAGCUCUAUGAUCGAAAGGUUCGGUUGGAAGGCGAGGAGACCGGCAUUACCCUCAUGCAAUGUUUCCAGCCGCAGUUGGCUGCGUUUCAGAACAAGAUUGGCACCAUCGACAAGAUGGUUGCGAAGCUCCAGAGCCCAGACGACGACUCCUUCUGGAUUGAGGAGAAGUUGGAUGGAGAGCGAAUGCAGCUUCACAUGAUCGAGGAUCCAAGUGCUCCUGGAGGUAAACUUUUUGGAUUCUGGUCCCGCAAGGCCAAAGACUACGCAUAUCUAUACGGAAAGCAUCUAGAGGGCGCUGAGGCAGGCGCCCUAACCCGGUUCAUAGCCGACGCCUUCCAUCCUAAUGUGCACAACAUCAUCCUUGAUGGCGAGAUGAUUACAUGGGAUAUGGAUGUUGACCGUAUCGUAGGGUUCGGGACCUUGAAGACGGCAGCCAUUUCUGAGAAAGAAAAUGUCACAGGGACCAAUACUGGGCAACGCCCGCUCUUCCGCGUCUUCGAUUGUCUCUAUCUCAACGACAAGGUCCUCACACCCUUCACCCUGCGGGACCGCCGUAACGCCCUACAAACUGCCGUCAAAGGUGUCCAUCGACGAUUGGAGAUCCAUCCGUACAUCGAAGCGCAUGCUCACACGGAAGUCGAGCCUGAGUUGCGCAAAGUCGUUGCCGACGCAUCUGAAGGUCUUGUCCUGAAGAAUCCUCGCUCGAGCUAUCGUCUCAACGAACGCAAUGAAGAUUGGGCAAAAGUGAAGCCCGAAUACAUGAGCGAAUUUGGUGAAUCCCUGGAUUGUGUCGUCAUUGGCGGAUACUUCGGUUCAGGCCACCGUGGCGGCGCGCACUCAAGUUUCCUCUGCGGCCUCCUCGUAAACAAAAAUGCAAAAGAAGAUGACCCAGAGUAUGAGAAAUGUUACUCCUUCUUCAAGGUUGGCGGCGGAUUCAGUCGAGAAGAUUAUGCGGCGAUCCGGGGCCGCACACAGGGCAAAUGGAAGGACUGGGAUACGAAGCGACCUCCAGCCAUUAUCGAGUUAGGCGGGCAUACUGAGAAUCGUCAGUAUGAGAGGCCCGACCAGUGGAUUCGACCGAGCGAUUCAGUGGUGCUAGAAUGCAAGGCCGCCAGUGUAGAGGCAAGCGACAAAUUCAGAAUGAGCAUCACCUUGCGUUUUCCUCGUUUUAAGCAACUGCGAACCGAUAAACGAUGGUCUGAUGCCUUGUCCAUAUCUGAGUUCAUGGAGCUGAAAGAUACUGCUGAGCGGGAGCACACGGAGAAAGAGAAGGAGUUCAAGGUUGAACAACGCCGCAAAAAGGCUCGCACCUCGAGAAAGAAACCCCUUGUCGUUGUUGGCUUGGACGCUAAGUUCGGGACCCCUUAUGCGGGGCCUCAGGGUUCACUUUUCGAAGGUUUGAGUUUCUACAUCAUGACAGAGCAAGUCCAACCAAACAGGAUGACAAAAGCGGAACUAGAAUCGCUCGUCAAAUCCCAUGGUGGUAAGGUUGUGCAGCGAGGGUCAGCAGAUGAGAACCUCAUCAUCGUGGCGGAUAAAUGCCUUGUAAAGGUUUCCUCACUUGAAAAACGCGGUACUCAAAACAUCGUCAGGCCCAUUUGGAUUCAAGAUUGUAUCCGGCAGUCAGAAGCGGAUGCGAGCCCUGUGCCGUUCAUACUCCCAUUUGAAGCAAACAGACACAUGUUUUACCUUCUGGAAGCGGAUCAAGAGAAGUACGAAAAUAAUGUUGACGAGUACGGAGAUUCGUACGCGAGGGACAUCGAAGAUGUUGCCGAGCUACGAACCUUAUUCAAACAUAUAGAGGUGGCAAGAGUCGUGGAGAAGCAGAAAUUCGACCGGGACGAGUUCCUCAAACAGCUGGAGGACCACGGAUCCUCGGUCUUUGAGCUAAAGAACUGCAUGUUUUCCAAUAUGCGGGUGUAUUUUGCACCUGGGGAUGAUCUUGACCAGGAUUGGGUCGUGAAAUCAAGGAUAGGACAGAACUAUAUCAGGUUUGCGGGCGGUAUAGUUGCCGCGAAGGAAAAAGGUGCUACGCAUGUUGUGGUUCCACAAGGGGAGGCUUCAAAGGCCAAACACGAAGAGGUGCAAGUCGGUGGGCUGGCUAGGACGGUUGGGCUUGGCUGGAUCGAGAGAUGUUGGCAGGAAGGGACGAGGGUUGAUGAAGAAAGAUUCCAAUGGGGAUAG